AUGGUUGACUUUUCAUUGACUGAGGACGACUUGAAGCUCUUGAUUGCAGCUAACGCUCAUCUUGGCUCAAAGAACACUAACAUUCACCAAAUUCCAUACAUCUACAAGACUAGACCAGAUGGUGUCAACGUGAUCAACCCAAACAAGACUUGGGAGAAAAUUGUUCUUGCCGCUAGAAUUAUUGCAGCUAUUCCAAACCCAUCGGACGUUGUUGCAGUUUCUUCAAGAACUUUGGGACAAAGAGCUGUUUUGAAGUUUGCUUCCCAUACCGGUGCUACUCCAAUUGCUGGUAGAUUCACUCCAGGUUCUUUCACCAACUACAUCACUAGAUCCUUCAAGGAGCCAAGACUUCUUAUUGUGACAGACCCAAGAACUGACGCACAGGCCAUCAAGGAGGCUUCAUAUGUUAACAUCCCUGUUAUUGCCUUGUCAGAUUGUGAUUCUCCUUCCGAAUUCGUUGAUGUCGCUAUUCCAUGCAACAACAAGGGUAAGCACUCAAUCGGUUUGUUGUGGUGGUUGCUUGCCAGAGAGGUUCUUAGACUAAGAGGCACUAUUCCCGACAGAACCCAGCCAUGGAGUGUUAUGCCUGACUUGUACUUCUACAGAGACCCAGAGGAACCUAUUGUUGAGGCUGCUCCAGAGUACGAGGCCGAGGAAGAAGAGGAAGAGGCUACUACCGAGACUGCUGAGGCUGAGUGGACUGCUGAGCCAACUGCUGCUGACUGGGCUCAGACUUCUAACGGGGAUUGGGCUGCUGAAGGUGCUGAAGGUGCUGAGGCUGUUGAGACUGCUGCUGCUGCCUCAUCAUGGUAA